UCCAGCAGGAGGAGGAGGAAGUCGCUCCGGACCAACGGGCCUUCAAACUGUCAGGAAAACAAAUACGCGGGAGGAGGAGGACAGAACCGGAGCAGCGCUAUUAUCACCGGUUAACGUUAGCUUAGUUUGCGCCGGAGAAAGACGUUACUUUGACAGUUAAAACCCAAAAAGACAGCGGCGUGCACGGAGAUGGAGCUGUCAGCGAUUGGAGAGCAAGUGUUUGCUGUGGAAUCAAUCGUCAAGAAAAGAGUUAGAAAGGGGAAUGUGGAGUAUCUGUUGAAGUGGAAAGGAUGGCCUCCAAAGUAUAGCACAUGGGAACCCGAGGAACACAUUCUGGACCAGCGUUUGGUGCAGGCCUAUGAAGAAAAAGAGCAGAGAGAGAGAACUUUGGGGCACAGGAGAAAAGGAUCCAAAGCCAAAAGACUCCUUCUGCAGGAUACCGUCUACACCAUGGACCUCCGCAGCGCUCACAAGACUCCAGAGCAACCUCCGCCACGCCUGCGUCUCUCCCUGACACGCUCUCUGCUCCCCGAGGAUGAGGAUCAGCCGUACGAUGCCAGCAGGCAGCACCCACAAUCACAACUGGCACAUCAGGACAGCAAACCCAGGAGGUCAGAGUUCACGUGCCUUGACUCGAACCCCCCAAGUCCCACACAAGAGGACUGGGGAGACGAGGAGGAAGAGGAGGACAAUGUUGAAAGUGAAGAGGAUAGAGAGGAGGAGGCGCUAAAGGAGACAACAGAGAAGAGUGGAGGCACUUUAAAUGGAAAGGAGAGGACAGGAGAAUGGAGCUCCGCCAUCGAGGCAUCAGAGAAGCCUGAUGACACCUGGAGGCCCAUCAUCUGUCCGGGGGAAGUGACAGUCACAGACGUCACCCUCAACUCCCUCACAGUGACUUUCCGAGAGUCCAGAGUGGCCAAAGGCUUCUUCAGAGACUGGGGUUUGGCGAUCUGAUGUGUGAUGUUUUAGUAGGUUUGGUGGGGAGGGCGCUGCAAAAGGGUUUAAUCACAGGUCGGGAAUGGCAGUUGAGGGCCAUUGAGAGCAGUUGAGUUGUUGGUGUUAUUCCCUUCCGCUCUGUUGUUCCCCUCACCUACUGCUUCCAACCUGGUCACGUUUACAUGCACAGAGUCACCUUACAUUGUGUUUAAGCUUACUGUUCAUCUUUGUUACAGUUGGACAGAGUUACCUUGAAUUCUGCUGGUGAGUGAGGGCGUGCAAAAAUGCGAAAGUAACUGUACAGCCGCUCAAUAACCCCAACAAUUUAGUCAUUUUCUCCAAAGAGACACAACCAAAACGUGGUGAAUGUCAGCAAAUUGAAAGUGAAUCUGUUAAUUCUACCGGGUCUAAAAGUUUGCAUUCUCUUACAGCAGCUGCUCCUCUCAUCCAUUGAUCCGAUUUAAUCAGCUCUGAUAAGAUCAUUUGUUAAUUAUCCAGCCCAGGAGUCACAAACUUAAAAAAAGAAAACUCUCAAAGUGCUCCGCCUCAAUUGCGUUAACAUCCGACUUUGGAAAGGGGACACACAAUGAAACAAGGGGACAUGCGCUCAUUUAAAUAAGAGGGAAAAAAGAAAGUUUGCUGUCGUCGUUGUCAUCUUCCCCUUGACCCCGCCACAUAGUCUCAUUGUUUUGGAAACACUGAUACUCUCAUAGUGCUACCUUUAGCACUAUUACCUUUAAAUUGGUUAACAGAA